AUGGAGGGGGGCAUCUCGUUUUGGCAAGCCCUGACCCUCUCCUCGAUCCUGGGAUGGGUGCUGGCGUCGUCGGCGUUCGAUCUGACCAGGAGGGUGAGAGCCCUGACCCAGCCCUGGGUCACCCGCCGCGUGAUCGUCGAUACCCCUUUGAUCCUUGGGUUGCAGAGGAUUCAGCAUCGGCUCUUGGACGAUAUGUUCUCGGUGCUGUCUUGUGUUGUGUCCGUGCCCUUUUACACAGGAUUUCUUCCUCUUCUCUUUUGGAGCGGGCAUAGCAAAUUGGCCAGGCAGAUGACCCUGUUAAUGGCUUUCUGUGAUUACAUUGGGAAUUCUAUGAAGGAUAUGAUAUCGGCUCCUAGACCCAGCUGUCCUCCUGUGAGACGAGUGACUGCUACUAAAGAUGAGAAGGAGAAUGCCAUGGAAUAUGGCUUGCCUUCUUCACAUGCUCUCAACACUGUUUGCCUCUCUGGAUAUUUGCUUCACUAUGUUCUUAACACCUGUGUGCAAAAUGAUGGUGUCGCAAUUGCUGUUGGGGUUUCUCUUGUUUUCGCACUUGUCAUGCUAAUUGCCAUAGGGAGGAUAUACUUGGGUAUGCAUAGCUUGAUUGACAUUGUUGCAGGGAUCAUCUUUGGGCUUGUUAUCCUUUUCUUUUGGUUGACAGUCCAUGGAUAUGUUGAUGAUUUUAUUAUAUCUGAGCAGAACGUUACAUCCUUCUGGGCUAGUCUUUCUUUCCUGUUGUGUUUUGCGUAUCCUACUCCAGAAUUUCCGACCCCAAGCUUUGAAUACCACACAGCAUUUAAUGGUGUUGUGUUUGGAAUAGUCAGUGGAAUCCAGCAAACUUACUUUCAUUUUCACCAUGAGAGUGUUCCACACAUAUUUAGCCCAGAACUACCCCUUCUCGUCUUCUUGGGAAGGAUGUUGGUUGGCAUACCUACCAUACUAAUAGUGAAGUUCUGCAGCAAGGCUAUAGCUAAGUGGUUGCUGCCUGUGAUGUGCAACACUUUGGGCAUCCCGAUAGUGUCUUCAUGCUAUGUCCCAGCACUGAGGGGAUCUGACAGCAGUAAGAGCAAGUCUGAUGGUAAGCAAAUGGGUUAUCUUCAGAAAGUGAUGUCUUUCUUCCCACAGAAAGCGUAUGAUGUCGACACCGGAAUAAGGUUUCUCCAGUAUUCUGGCCUUGCAUGGUCGGUGGUUGAUUUGGUUCCGUCACUCUUCUCUUAUCUAAAUUUGUAGCAGGUGUACAUAAUCCAAAUGAGAGUUGUACACUCAUAUUCUGUUUCAAUUUGAAAUUUCUCAUAAUGGUCUUGCAAGGUUGUAAAUGAAAUCAUUCUUUGAUAUCAAUUUUGAAAAAAUAUUGUCUUUCAAA